CAAUAGUGAGUAAGAAGCCCGGCUGCCUUCCGGUCUCCUCUUUCUGUCUGCAAGCCAAGUCAAGAAAGAUGAUGGAGCCCAGUGAAUACCGUGAAUACCAAGCUAGAGGGAAAGAGAUGGUGGAUUACAUCUGCCAGUACCUGAGCACCCUGCGGGAGAGGCAGGUGACCCCAAAUGUGAAGCCUGGGUACCUGCGAGCCCAGAUACCUUCAAGUGCUCCUGAGGAACCCGACAGCUGGGAUAGCAUCUUUGGGGACAUUGAGCAAAUCAUCAUGCCUGGGGUGGUUCACUGGCAGAGCCCCCACAUGCACGCCUACUAUCCGGCUCUCACCUCUUGGCCAUCCCUGCUAGGAGAUAUGCUGGCUGACGCCAUCAACUGCUUGGGGUUCACGUGGGCUUCCAGCCCGGCCUGCACAGAGCUGGAGAUGAACAUCAUGGACUGGCUGGCGAAGAUGCUGGGGCUCCCGGACUUCUUCCUGCACCACCAUCCCAGCAGCCAGGGGGGAGGCGUCUUGCAGAGCACUGUCAGCGAAUCCACUUUAAUUGCCCUGCUGGCAGCAAGGAAGAACAAAAUCCUAGAAAUGAAAGCGCAUGAGCCCAAUGCUGAUGAGUCCUCUCUGAACGCUCGUCUUGUUGCCUAUGCCUCUGACCAGGCUCACUCUUCAGUGGAGAAGGCUGGCUUGAUUUCCCUUGUGAAGAUCAAAUUUCUGCCUGUGGAUGACAACUUCUCACUCCGAGGAGAAGCUCUCCAGAAGGCCAUCGAGGAAGACAAGCAACAGGGCUUGGUGCCUGUGUUUGUCUGUGCAACCUUAGGGACCACUGGAGUCUGUGCAUUUGAUAAGCUGUCAGAGCUGGGGCCCAUCUGUGCCAGGGAGGGACUGUGGCUCCACGUCGAUGCUGCUUAUGCAGGAACAGCCUUUCUGUGCCCUGAGCUCCGGGGCUUCCUGAAGGGCAUUGAGUACGCCGACUCCUUCACCUUUAACCCUUCCAAGUGGAUGAUGGUGCACUUUGACUGCACUGGGUUCUGGGUCAAGGACAAGUACAAGCUACAGCAGACCUUCAGUGUGAACCCCAUCUACCUCAGACAUGCGAACUCUGGUGUCGCCACUGACUUCAUGCAUUGGCAGAUCCCCUUGAGCCGGCGCUUUCGCUCCAUUAAGCUGUGGUUUGUGAUUCGGUCCUUCGGGGUGAAGAAUCUUCAAGCACAUGUCAGACACGGUACAGACAUGGCUAAAUACUUUGAAUCUCUGGUCAGGAGCGACCCUGUUUUCGAAAUUCCUGCUGAGAGGCACCUUGGUCUGGUGGUUUUUCGUCUGAAGGGUCCCAACUGUCUCACAGAAAGUGUGUUAAAGGAAAUAGCCAAAACUGGCCAGGUCUUCCUCAUCCCAGCCACUAUCCAGGACAAGCUGAUCAUCCGUUUCACCGUGACGUCCCAGUUCACCACCAAGGAUGACAUCCUGAGAGAUUGGAACCUCAUCCGAGAGGCUGCUAACCUUGUCCUGAGCCAGCACUGCACUUCUCAGCCGAGCCCUCGGGCCAAGAACCUUAUUCCACCGCCGGUGACCAGAGACUCCAAAGACCUGACCAAUGGGCUAUCCCUGGAGUCUGUCAACGAGGGAGGAGAUGACCCAGUACAGGUCCGGAAGAUCUUCAGGCUGCCAGGAGACAGUCUGGAAACGACAAUGGAUCCCUUUGAUGAUUGCUUCUCAGAAGAGGCCUCCGAUACCACCAAGCACAAGCUGUCGUCCUUUCUGUUCAGUUACUUGUCGGUACAGAACAAGAAGAAGACAAUGCGGUCCCUCAGCUGCAACAGUAUGCCUAUGAGUGCCCAGAAGUCACCUCCCCCAGAUGCUUCCGUGAAGCAUGGGGGCUUCUUCCGGGCCAGAAUCUUUUCUGGGUUCCCAGAAGAAAUGAUGAUGAUGAAGAAAGGUGGCUUCAAAAAGCUGAUCAAGUUCUACAGUGUUCCCAGCUUUCCUGAAUGCAGCUCUCAGUGUGGUACCCUCCAGCUGCCCUGCUGCCCUCUGCAGGCCAUGGUGUAGGUGACGGGAGUCUUCAAUCAGAAUGCAAGGGUGUGCUUCAGGGAGUUCGGGAACCCUUGAAAUUGUGUGCAGUUUGUGUGCUUAUUAUGUAUGUGUGUGCAUCUUGAGGGAAGUAAGCCCAUAAUUUUGAUCAUAGCCUCACAGGGGUUCAUGACCCACAAUAGAUUGGAAUUGGGCAGUUUAAGCUGGCAUGCUUCAGAGGGUUGCAGGGGCUUGUGUGACAGAAGGGGCUGAGAGAGCAGUGUCCUGUUAAGCUUGUAAUGUAAAAAACAACCUAGAAAUAAAUUGUGCCUAUAUCUAAAA